UUGCUGACCUCACGUGCUCGUGCCCUGUGUCUGAGGGCGGUGCCUGAUAGUAGCCGGUGCGGAGGGUUGUUGUUGUUUAGAAAGUAUUUGAAAAGUCCAUAAAACCGUGUCUUGAGAUGGGAACUAGAGAUGAUGAGUACGACUACUUGUUCAAAGUUGUACUAAUUGGAGACUCUGGAGUGGGGAAGAGUAACCUGCUCUCCCGGUUCACAAGAAAUGAGUUCAAUCUGGAGAGCAAGAGCACCAUCGGGGUGGAGUUUGCCACCCGCAGCAUCCAGGUGGACGGCAAGAUGAUAAAGGCUCAGAUCUGGGACACAGCUGGGCAGGAACGCUACAGAGCAAUCACCUCAGCGUAUUACCGGGGAGCAGUCGGGGCUCUUCUGGUUUACGACAUUGCCAAACACCUGACGUAUGAGAAUGUUGAACGCUGGCUGAAGGAGCUCAGGGACCACGCUGACAACAACAUCGUCAUCAUGCUGGUUGGAAACAAGAGCGACCUCCGCCACCUCAGGGCCGUGCCCACUGAUGAGGCCCGAGCCUUCGCAGAAAAGAACACCGUCUCCUUUAUUGAAACCUCAGCCUUGGACUCCACUAAUGUAGAAGAAGCCUUCAAAAACAUCCUGACAGAAAUCUACCGUAUUGUAUCUCAGAAGCAAAUAUCGGACAGAUCUGGACAUGAUGAUUCUCCAGGCAACAAUGUAGUGGACAUCAGUGUCCCCCCUACAAUGGAUGGGCAGAGGGGCAACAAACUCCCCUGCUGUCAAAGCCUGUGAUACUUGUAUUUUCCUCUUUCUGUCAGUCCCUCCUUUCUUUGCCUCUGCUUUACUCCUUCUGUCAUGCUGCUGUCAACAUGAUCCUCUCAUUGGUUUAGAUGCAUCUGAUCCAAGACUCUUGUAGCUGACAUUCCUUUUUGCUGGUUUCUUCUUUGAUUUUCAUUGUUUAUUUGUCUUCCUCUGAAUUCAGGAGAGCCUGUGUCUCUAUAAUUGUAUGGCCUCAUUAAAGCCUUGAAAGGGGGGAAGUGUUUCCUAUCAUGGGGCUGAUCUCAACGCUGUAGUAAACUACAAUUCUUUUUAAUUAACUCACCUCUAUGGUCCUAUUGACCCGCUCCUGUUGCAGGAACGGUGAAGGAUUACUUGGCAUGUUUACCAGUGCUCCAAGUCGUUUCUACUUGCCUCCUUUUCUCAGCCUGAGGAUACAGACUCAUGACAUGAUCUGCUAAAGUGGAAUCCCAGUUUAAUGUCUGGUAGACCUGACUCUGCCAAUCACGCAGUACGGAUGGAGAAAAGGAGAUGAGAAAACUGUGAUGCAUCAGUACUUUGGAGUAUUCAUUUAAACUCUUUCUGAAGUUUCUGGUCGCCUCUUUAGUUUUUAUUUCCACCUCCCAGCCCUGUGCCCACCGUGGCAUUAAGUUAGCGUGAGCCAGGGACCAGACUGGCUGUGACUGUCAAACUUACUAUGGGCAAGUGUGUUUUUAUUUGUGUUUGCAUGUGUGAAUGUUAAUCUUAGUGCACAAAGAUACCAAAGGACACAGAUGCAAUUGAUAUCAGUUUUGGAUUUUCUCUUGCAAGUGUGUUUGCAGCUGCUAAGAUGACAGAUAAUCUGUAUUUGGCAAAAAUGUAAUGCAAUAUAGCAAAAGUAUUGUUAAAAAUUGUGAUUGUUUAUUGUGAAAUGAUUAGAACCCAGAAGCUACACUAGGUAGUUCCUUUAAGUGAGUUGGCUCAGGUCCAAAUUCUUUCAUCAGGAUGUCAAAAUGAAAAUCUUUCUUGCACUUAUGUACAAACAUUUCAGUGAAACAAAUCACCUUAUAGUUUUAAAUACACUCUUCCUUCCUUACAACUUCCUUAUUAGGUGACAUUUCCUAUAGUUUUUGAGGGAGGCAUUGGCUGAAAAGAACAAAAUGCACUGUUAUAUAGAUUGAAAACACUUCUCUGAAGCCAGACACAGUUUAGCUGGAAAAUGGAACUGAAAAUGAGAAAUGCAAAUUGUUUACAUGGUUGGCUGAAAUGCCACUCUUCACCCAUCUGCUAGAAAUGCUGUCAUGUGUGAUAAAUCUGAUGCAUCA